GCUUGAAGAGUUUCUUCUGUGUUAAUAGGUCAGGGAUAUAUGAAUUUAAUGGCAUCCUAAACAAUGAGUGUCACGUCACGACUGUUGUUAAUAGGAUGUUUAGGAGGUGUGGUUAUCUUGGUCGCAGCCAUAGCCCUCCACAUGAGCAAAACUCCAUCAAACGUACACUACCAUACUUUCAAUAUUGAGGUGAGCACUGUUAAGAGGUUGUGCAAAGAGAAGAACAUAGUUACAGUAAACGGGCAGCUACCAGGACCGACUCUGCAUGUAAGGAACGGAGACACCCUGGUUGUGAAAGUCAACAACAGGGCACCAUAUAAUGCUACCAUUCACUGGCAUGGAGUCCGUCAGAUCCGUACAGGGUGGUCUGACGGACCAGAGUACAUUACACAAUGCCCCAUUCAGCCAGGGGGGAGUUACACAUACAGAUUUUCAAUAGAUGACAAAGAGGGAACCCUGUGGUGGCAUGCCCAUGUCUCAUGGCUCCGAGCUACUGUUCAUGGAGCACUAGUUAUAUAUCCUAAGAAGGACACUUCAUAUCCAUUUGCUGAGCCCAAAGGAGAAGCCACUAUUAUCUUAGGAGAAUGGUGGAAUAGCAACCCCAUUGACGUUGUAAAUGAGGCUAUUCUCUCAGGGGCUGGACCGAAUGUAUCGGACGCUUUCACAAUAAAUGGGCAACCUGGAGAUCUAUAUCCUUGCUCCAAUUUAGAUACGUUCAGGCUUCCCGUUAUGCUGGGGGAGACCUAUCUCCUGAGAAUCGUGAAUGCUGCCCUGAACACACAACUAUUCUUCAAAAUAGCAGAGCAUGAUUUCAUAGUGGUGGCAGCGGAUGCUUGCUACACCAAACCCUACUCAACAAAUGUUUUAGUCAUCGCUCCAGGCCAGACAACAGACAUUCUUCUCACCACCAAUGCAGAAGUUGGACGAUAUUACAUGACAGCCACACCCUAUUCCAGUUCAGAUCUAGUAAACUUUGAUACCUCUGAAACUGCUGCAAUUCUAGAAUACCAGAAUACAUCUCCAACACUUCAAUCUCCAAUUUUCCCAGAUCUACCCCUACCCAAUGAUACCUCUGUAGCAAAGUCAUUCAGAACCAGUCUCAGAAGCCUUGAUUCAACACUCUACCCAACAGACGUGCCAUUAAGAAUUCACGAGGAUGUGAUCUCCACAGUAGGAUUAGGGUUGAACCCUUGUCCCCUAGGCCAAACAUGUCAAGGUCCAAAUGGCCAAAGGUUCACUGCAAGUAUGAAUAACAUAUCAUUUGUUAUGCCCACUGUUUCAAUCCUUGAAGCUUACUACUCGGGCAUUAAUGGAGUCUUCACAACAGACUUCCCAGAUAGUCCUCCCAUAAGUUUCGAUUAUACUGCUCAGAACAUACCCGCCAGUCUUUGGACUCCUGUGCCCGGAACCAAAGUGAAAGUCAUUGAAUUCAACAGUAACGUGCAAUGGGUAUUUCAGGGAACGAACAUUGUGGCCGGUGAGGAUCAUCCCAUGCAUCUUCAUGGCUAUGAUUUUUAUGUGGUGGGAGAAGGAUCUGGAAAUUAUGAUCCCUUGCUCGAUCCCGUUGAUUUCAAUCUUGUUGAUCCUCCCAAGCGUAAUACUGUGAUUGUUCCAGUCAAUGGUUGGACUGCCAUAAGAUUCAAAGCAGAUAAUCCAGGAGCAUGGCUUUUGCAUUGCCACUUAGAUGUGCAUUUGUCGUGGGGUUUGAAAACAGUGUUGUUGGUAACGAAUGGAAAUGGAGUUCUGGAUGCCUUGGAAACUCCUCCUCAAGACUUUCCCGUGUGUUAGGUUUAAUCUUCCUAACACUGCUCCGAUUGAAUCUCUUCAAUAAAAGUUCCACACAUUUGUUCGACGAAGUUAGGCAAGUAUUCAUUUUACUGAGAUUUUGCACAAUGUGGGUCCGAGGCUCGCUUAUGUUGGUUGAUUUGUCAAUGGUAGAUCAACCUUUUCAAUUUUUGUUUAUUUUUUUAUUAAAACAUUAUUCAAUACUUUGAUAAAGUCAAAAUUCUUGUAGAAAAACUAUAAUUGUAUCAACAAUUUUCUCAUUUAA